AUGGCAACCACGUACCAGCAUCCCCGGGUGGGCUCGAGACCACCUUCUUUCGACGGACACCGUGAACAACACACGCUGCAAUUCGAAUCGAAAACCGGCACCAAGAGACUGUUCAGCAACCGCGAAUCUAAGCUGCCUAACGAAAACGAAGACUAUGGCGAGAAUGCAAAGCACGAGGGUUCUGACGAAGUUCUUCAUUCGGGAAAGCGACAACGUUCCAGUGGUUGGCCUCUGCCAGACACCAGUCCAAAAAAUAAUGGCCAUUCCAGAAGCCCCCUACAAAAUCGAAAGGCACCCAAUUCUCCUUCCUCCCUCCGUCGACCGGUUUCACAAGCUCGCUCUUCCAAGUUCGUCGAAGGUAGCAUGAAUGAUCGGAUAAGCCAGAAGCCACCACCCACAUAUAUUGGCACGGAUGAGGAGCUCAGGUCGAAAUUCGAUUAUGAUGAACAGGAGGAUGCACGUGGAAGAAAGCUGGCAAGACACCGAAAGUUCACAACCCGUGGCAAUAACUCUCGGGCUGCUUCCGCGGUUGCGGACACAGAGGCGUCUCGCCAUUCAAGUAUAUUUCGCUUUGGCAAGUCUUUGGCUGCCACCUUCAAUCCAAACAAUUGGAAGAUCUGGUCGAAACAGCAAUCACCGGUGGAAGAUGAGGAAACUGCACAUCUGCAAGCCUUGCGUGAGAGACAGCAGAAGGCGGAGCAGAUGUACAAAGAGCUGAAGGAGGCUGGCCAUUUCCGAGGUCGUAGCGUCGGUCCUCGUCAGCCUAUCUCAGACCCAAGUCCCCUGCGUAGCAAGCAUGAUUCUGGUAUCGAGUUUGCUGGCCAUGAUGCUGGCAGUCGUCGACUGAGUAGGGAGACGUCGAGAGAGGACAAGAGAAAAGGUCGAGUCUAUCUCGAAGCCCCCAAAAUCUUUUGUGAUCGCCGUGACGAAAGUCCGGCCUCGAAUGCUGGAUCUCUGGCUCCCUCAAUUGCCUCGACCCCCAAGCAGCCAUUCCAUUUCAAGAAGCCAUCAAUCUCGAGUAUCAAGAAGGUUUUGGCAACUGAGAAUGCUGCUGACGAAAAUCAAUAUCAACGUCCUGUCCCUCGGGUCCCGUCACGGAAGGACAUGCAAAAGCAGCAGAAGUUGGUCAAGCGGAUUAGUGACUUGGAGGGCAAAUUAGAAGCAGCUCGUCGUCAACUUGCCGAAGCAUCGGAGGAGCCUCUUCCCGGUCAGCCACCAUCCAAGAUUGGCAGAGCACGAUUUGUACCGGGGGCUCUUGCCUCUCUUCCAUCUGAACGACUUUUGAGUGGCUAUGUUGACUCCGAUCCGAGCUUCAGCGACAAUGAGAGUCAUGUCGAGGUUGGCAUGGCCGUUACUCUUGACGAUGUGAGGGUCAAAGAAGAGGAGAUUAUGGUACCUAAGCACAAGGUUACAACAUCACCAUCAUGGGUUGGAAAACCAUUAACACAACCGGCAACACCACCACAAGAUCGUGUCCUACCGACUGUGGAGCAUGAUGAGUCGGUUCAGGGAAAAGCUGUUUCUGACGUUGGUCAAACGGUUAUCGAGACGGCUACCACCAUCAGCGAACCAUCCACAAAGGCAUACGAUCCAAAUGAUGGCGAUUAUGUUGAAGACGAAUCCGAUCGCGAAACAACCCCGAAGCCACAGCGAGCCAAGCCGGCAGCCGAGAAGACCCAAGCGAAGAAGACUCCCACUAAGAAGAGAAAGAGCACCUUCGAACGCCUGGCAGAUGAUGGUGGUGUAUACAAGCCAUCUCAAGAUUCAGAGUCUGACCCAGAAUCAGAGGUCAAGAAGUCAACGCCAAGAAAGAAAAACACAGAUGAUGCUCGACCACGGAAGUUGCAAAAGAUUGUUCCGGAUUCCGAAGAGUCUAAGCCCAGGAUCUCCACGUCGAAGACAGUGACACCCGCCGGCUUAGGAGAGCUCAGUCACAACACCAGCUCAGCAAAAGCAUCGACUUCUGCUCUUUCAGUACCAAUGAAAGGAAAUAGCCUAAAAGGAGGAAAGAAGCUCAUUAGCCCUCCGCCCCCGGGUCAGAAGAGCAAGAUCCCUCAAAAAGGAAAGCAAUCCUUCUCGCCGCCUCCUUCAUCUUCUUUCACAGGUCUAGACUACACGAAACCCUCUCAGGCCAGGCAAUCAAUAACCGCAGUCGGUAAACUCAUCGGUAACGAUGUAGCCUACAGCGCGGAUCCCACCACCGAUGACAGCGUUCCACCUAUGCCCACAAUGCCCAAGGCCAUCCGCCUCCAUAGCGGCCAAAUAAUCCAGACAACAGAUGCCUCAUUCGCAAGCAACAACUCCAAAACCUCCACGGCCUCCAAGACUUCAUCUGGACCUACGAAAUUGACCAAGCCGAGACCAGCACCCAAAGAGAGCAAGAGCAAGAAGCAAGAGGCUGAUGACGAUUUCCAUUGGGAUAGAGAUACCUUUUAA